GCCGAGGUCGAGAAGACAUCGUGUGCGAGAAAAUACCGGCAUAUCUACCGUGUUAGGAACAACGUUUUUUGCAACAGAUGACGGAAAUCAACUCUUUCUAAGCGAAAUGAUUAAUUUAUUUGGAACAUUUUGUCGUUUUAUAAUAAUUUUCACUUGAACCACAACUCGACCAUAAUGUGAUAUAAUCAUUUUACACUAUUCCGAUCGCAGCAAUCCUUUAUUUUAUGCUGACGGCGUUGUAGCUGCGACAACGUCGUUUUAUUUCAGUGUAAAUCAAACGACGCGAGGUGUGAGUCAUGGCGGACAGCAACAGCGAAAAUAAUCAAAUAAUAAUUGAUGCAGAUAUUGCAUUCAGCGAUGAAUCGGAAUGCUCAGAUAUUGAGCGGUCGGCCGCAGAGGCUAUUGAAAAAACUUUGCCGAAAAAAUCCAAAUUGAAUUAUGAAAAGGUGUACAAAAAGUUUUGUGGUUGGUGUGAAGAAAAAAGAGUGAAAGUCAUUUCAGAAAACGUGAUGUUGUGUUUUUUCAACGAAAAAUCGAAGAUUAUGAAGUCUUCAACUGUUUGGAGCGAGUAUUCGAAGCUGAAAUGCAUGAUAUACAAGGAACGACGCGUCGAUAUCAGCAAAUUUCAUGGACUCAUUGCAUUUCUGAAACGAAACGGUGUCGGCCAUGUUGCGAAAAAAUCGAGCAUUUUGACGGGCGACGAUUUCAACAAGUUCAUCAUGGAGGCAGAUGACGAUAAAUUUUUAAUGAUGAAGGCGGCAUUAAUUAUCGGUAUCGGUGGAGGAUGUCGUCGGGCUGAAUUGGCAAAAAUGUCGGUGAAAGAUGUUGUUGAUCGCGGUGACUACUUGCAUGUUUACAUCGGGGACACAAAAAACUACGAUCCAAGAGAUUUCGCUAUCACAGAAGGCGGUUUGAGAUACAAUUUAUUGGGCAUCGUGCGAAAAUACAUGUUGUUACGAAAGUCACAUACGCCUCAUGAUCGAUUCUUUGUGUGUUACCGGAAUGGGCAGUGUACAACUCAGGCAGUUGGCAUCAAUACCGUUGGGGCGAUACCCAAACGAAUUGCUACGUUUUGCGGUUUGGAUGCACCAGCUUUGUACACAGGACAUUGUUUUCGACGGAGUUCAGCUACAUUGUUGGCUGAUGCUGGUGCGGAUCUUUAUGUCAUUAAACGACAGUUUGGUUGGCGAUCGGACAAAGUUGCAGCCGGAUAUGUGCAGUCAUCUGCAACAAGCAAACGCAAAAUUUCUGCACAAAUUUUCGGAGGUGUACCUUUUCAACGUUCUUCGUCGAGCAAUGCGAUGAGUGCUAUUCCAUCUACAAGCAACACCGCUAUUCCAUCUACAAGCAACACCGCUAUUCCAUCUACAAGCACCACCGCUAUUCCAUCUGCAAGCAACACCGUUUUUCCAUCUACAAGCACCACCGCUAUUCCAUCUGCAAGCAACACCGUUUUUCCAUCUACAAGUACCACUUCUCAUGACGUUGUCGCUAAUUUGGGUGAUUCAGCUCCCAAAGAAAUUAAUCUCAACAUCACCGGUUUAAGUGACGGUAUUUCUGCUGCGCUCAUCGAAAAUAUUGAUCGAGAGGAUGCACAUGGUGCUAGUUUCGCUUCAAAACAAAUUCGGAUGAUCGGAACUGCAUCCGAUUCCGAUACGACCGGCAAUACCAGCCGUACAAUGUCACAAUCAAUUACAAUAAUUGAGGGCGCAUCUGCUGGUGCAGAUUCUUCGGAUGCUCCUGAAACGCCUGUCCUUCCAAAUUUUACAAAAUCUGAAUUCAACAAUUGUACAUUCAAUUUUUAUCGUACGUUUCACGGCAAGCCUUUUUAAGGAUCAUUUACUUAACUUUCGCCUGUUAAUUUUGUAAUAUUCGAGAUAUUAUAAUGCAAUACUGGAAUUUCAUUAAAUGAAUGAAUAUUGAAACUGACUUGUCGACUACUCUUAUUGCCUUGUUCCAUUGAUCAAUGUUCACAAAAACAGUGCGAGAAAAAAAAUUUCUCGCACACCUGUCGGACGACAAACUCUUUUCUCGCACAUCUGUCGCAUUGUUAAAAAAAGUGGACUCUUAUGCUAUCGACUACUACGCUAGAAAGAGUUGAUUUCCGUCAUUUAGUUGCA